AUGCCUCCCAAACGCAAAGCCUCCGAGCAACCUUCCGGUGCCUACACCGACGUCAAGAAGCCGCGAGUCACCACCAUAGGCGCCAUCUCUUCGCUCGUUCCUGUGGGUGAGCGCAAGAUGGCCAAGAAGGGUGUAUCCGAACCAGAACUGUUGCGCAUGCUCUGUGAAGACCGAGACAAAAACAACGAGCGCAAGGAGUUGCACUUUAAGAAGAUUAUCCACUCCGAGAUCGACUGGGACAACAAGCUCCACAUUGACAAGAUCAACGCCUGGCGCAACCAGAUUUACGGCCGGGCAGGCAUCAAGAACAAGACGGUACUGAUGUGGCACAAGGAUGAGGAAGCCUGGCUCGAGCUGUACUGGCAACUCCUAGUUGUCGAGGCGAACAAGCGCGGUAUCGAAAUGCCGAAGCCAAAGACCAUCCGCGAAAACUUCAACGUGUUCUUCAACGGCAAGGUGUUUCACUCCGCCGGUGCGGGAGAGCUUGAGCCGCGCGUGGAUCGCGGAAGCGGUCCGUUCACGUCGAAGAUGGGCAGAUUGAUCAAGUCACUGAGGCCGUACUUAGAGGAGAAACUACGUGGCAAGAAAGGUAGCACGUUCGUUCCCAAGAUCAACCAAGAGAUGCUAGAGGAGUACCAGAAGCUCAAGGCUGACCUGACUGAGCUUGGCUGCGAUGACAAUAAGAUUGUGCCUUGGGAGGAACUCGAGGACGAAGCCAACGACAAGGACUACGUUACCCGCUGUCGCGAGUAUAUCGAGAGCUUGCCCGACCAGGACGACGUAAACAUGGACGAUGAGGAAGAGGCAGAGGACGCGACGCUCGUGGCAUCUGAAGAACUCGAUAGGGAAUUGCUGGAGCUGGCUUCCGAGCCUGCAGCAGCGAAGACAGAGCCCAUGGAUACCGACGAAGAGCCUUCCUCGUUCAAGGUCGCCGCAGACAGAAAGCCCUCCUGGGUCACGCUCGCGACGGGCUCCGAUAGUUCGUCUCGCGAAGCUUCUCCGCCGAAUAUUGUGCGAAACAAGUGUGUGUCCACCGAAGACGUCGUGUCCCCACGUAAGAAGCGUGCUGAUUCAGUGGCUUCCACCGAUGCCGCAGCCGAGGAGGAUUCCACCGAAACCACGCUUGUCGGCAAGGGUGUUAUCUCAGACGAGGUCAAAGAUCAUUUUGUUAUCGGAAGCGAGGAUAGAGUCGUCCAGGAGAAAGCCGGCUCCGCCGCCGAGAACGAAGAGCAUCAAGGCAUCAAGACUAUGUCGGACACGGAUUCAGACACCGCAAGCUCCGUGGGCGAGAUUCUCGAGGACGUUAGCGAAGCGGAUACCACUACAUUCAAAUGCCUGUUCUGUGACGAGCAAUGGGGUCGUGUCCCGGACAUGUUCGUACAUUGCAAUAAAGAGCACGGGUUCGACGUCGAAAGCACCAUCACGAAGCUCGGACAAGACAUUGAUGAAUUGACCAUCAUCAAGCUCGUUAAUUACCUCCGCCUAGAGUCGCAAAAGAGCAUAGAGCCCAAGAACAUCAAGGUAGACACGGAGACACUAGCUGACGACAAGUACCUGCAACCCACUCUACUGGACGAUGCUCUACUUUUCGAACUAGGAGACUUCAUGCCUGAUCCGGAUUCGAAGGCUGUCGAUUACGAUGAGUACGAGGCUGCCCUGCAGAAGAAUAUCGGAGAGAACGUCGAGAAGAUUAGUCUGGAUAACGACCGCGAUACCGACUACUUCGAAUCGUAUAAGGGCAAUGCGAUUCAUCGUGAGAUGAUUGAAGAUCGGGUACGAACAGAAGGAUAUCGAGACUUCAUUGAGAAGAACGCGGAACUCUUCAAGGGAAAGACAGUGCUAGAUGUUGGUUGUGGCACAGGCAUUCUUUCGUUGUUUUGUGCACGAGUGGGAGCGAAGCGGGUUUUAGCUGUCGACAACUCCGAUAUCGCCAACCGAGCACGGGAAAAUAUCGCUCGGAACGGAUACCAAGACAAGAUUGAAGUGAUACAGGGCCGAGUAGAGGACUUCCACAUGCAGAGAAAAAUUGGCAAAGAGAAGGUUGAUAUCAUCAUCUCUGAAUGGAUGGGAUACGGACUACUGUUCGAAGGCAUGCUGGACUCGGUUUUGCGAGCGCGAGAUCUGUACCUAAAGGAAGACGGCUUGAUGGUGCCGUCGCACUGCACGAUGAGGAUAGCACCCAUCUCGGACAAGGAAUGGAUAGCAGAUGCGAGCGGUGAGAAGUUCUGGAAAGACGUGUACGGCUUCGACUUUACAUCUAUGAUUCCGGGGGGCAUCCUCAACGAGCGCGAGAUCGGUGUAUUCGAUGUUCCCAGCAAGUCGAUAUCGGGUGAACCCUCCACCUUCUACCAGCUCGACCUGAAGAACAUCCAGAUACGCGAUCUCGACUUCACAGCACCAUUUUCCUCGAAGCUAUGCUCUGAUAGCGCUUCAAUUGAUGCAUUCGCGAUAUGGUUUGAUACGUUUUUCUUGCCGAGCGAGAAGUCGCAAGACGCAACCGCGAUAGACGUAGCUCAAUGGGGAGAUCAUGGCGAGGCUGGCCUCGGGUUCUCCACGGGCCCUUACUCGAUUUACACCCAUUGGCACCAAGCUGUACUUCUCUUGAGCGACAAAGACCGGAAAAAGGAGGUAAAUGGAGGCAGCAUAUUGAAGGGUAAGGUGACAUACAAGAAGCCAAGGAAGGACGAUCGGGGAAUCGACGUUACGGUCGAAUGGGAGGCCGAGAGCACACAGGGUCCAGUAGCUGGACACAUCAAGCGCAGUAUGGGGGCUUGA